CCGACAGAAAAAAAAGGAAACUAUUAACAAUAUAUCUGGAAUGCAAUCAAUCUCCUUCGUCUCCUCCUGCGUCAAUUUGCCAGAUGAGAUUCUUGGGAAAAUCCUCUCUCUAAUUCCUACAAAAGUGGCUGCUUCCACAUCGGUUCUGUCCAAGAGGUGGAGGAAUCUGCUGGGUCUUAUCGACAGCCUUUGCUUUGAUGAGUCAGAAGAAGCAGCAAGUGGUUCACAUCGCUUCUUUGAUUUCGUAGACAAGACUUUUGCGCUGUUAAGCGAAUCUCCCAUCAUCAAGAAACUCUCUCUCUCUCAUAUUCCUACUAGUGGCAGUGACGAUGAUAACUCUCGUGUCAGCCGUUGGAUUUGGACUGCGCUGGAACGCGGUUUAUCGGAGCUACACCUGCACGCCACCCCCCGCUGUCACGGUGUUUAUCUAUCGAGAGAGCUGUUCACGAGCAACACACUGGUGAAGCUCACACUCUCAGGUGAAUAUGCUCUUGAAGUCAAUUGUGUUUUUCUUCCAGCGCUCAAAUCGAUUUCUCUCUUAUCAAAUUGGCUUGAUGGGCCCAACUAUGGUCGGCUCCUCGAUGGCUGCCCUGUCCUGGAAGACUUACUCAUAACUGAAACUCAUCGUUGGGCUCUGCCAUGCUGCGCAUCUUUCGUGGAAAGUGCAUCCCUCAGGCGGCUUGUGAUUACUGUUAAGCUUUCGGAUACUGAAGACACCUCUGUUUUUUUAAAAGCACCAAGUCUUGUGCUCCUUGACUAUUCUGGUUAUGUCACCAACGUGUAUGAUUUUGUCGAUUUGGAUAUGCUCGUCGAAGCCAGGCUGAAUCUCAUGUUAUGGGAUUCAAGCGUCUAUGAUGAGCAUCAUGAUUAUUAUGAUUGUCACAAUAAUUGUUAUUAUGAUGCUGGACGGCCGGAAGGUAUAUCUGCUGAUAUUACACGUUUAGUUGCGGGUAUAAGCAACAUUACGACCCUUCACUUGUCUCCUGAGUCUCUUGAGUUGUUUCAUCUCUGCUGUGAGUCCAUACCCGUGUUCAACAACCUCCUUACUUUAUCUAUAGAGAGUGACAAGGCCCAUGGUUGGCAAGCGAUGCCUCUUCUGCUCGAGAGUUGUCCAAAUCUACACACUUUAGUCAUCAAGGGUCUUGUGCACAGAGUAACAAAUAGAUGCGGAGAUGCAUGCCCUUGCGGCCCUGACGAGCAUAAGAAUAAGAAGAGGAGAAUGGUAAAGGAUGAGGAAGAAAUUUGUUGUUUAUCGACAUGUCAUGUGUAGGUGCUAGGGAUUUCAGAGUAUGGAGGUUCUUUUCAAGAGCUUAAACAGAUGAGACAUUUCUUGGGCAAGUUGGAAUGUCUUGAAACCGUGAAAGUUUGUGUUGACGCAGAAGAGAAUAACAACAACUGUGAAGUCUUGCGAGCUAAUCUGCUGUCCCUCCCAAGACUUUCAUCCAAGUGCAACAUCAUGUUCAUCUAAUUUUGCAGUGACACAGCGAUUCCAGCCGUUGUCGAAACUCUAAAGACCAAUGAACCGUUCGCUAGGAACCUUAGUCUUCCCAUGUAUGUGUGUGAUCUUUCUGUCCAUAUGCAGUUGUUUGUAGUAGAACCAACAUUGUCUUUGCCCACAAACCUAUUUCCUUUGGUAUCUGGACGAUGGCAUCAAUGAACAAAUUGAUGAACUCUUUGCCUUUGACUGAAGUAUUGUUGAUACUUUUACGUUUA